AUGGAAGGGGAAUGGGCAGCUAGUGUUGAGGAGCUCAAAGGGAAGCUGAAGGUGGAGCAAAAGCGGAGGAUUGAGCUCGAAACUUGGAUCGGCGAGUUGCUUGACAGGGAGGGGGCCGAGGCCAACCUGGUAGAGAGAAUACCUGGCGAGCUUCAAGAAGAACGAGAAAAGCGGGCCAAGCUGGCAGAGCAGGUGGAGGCGGUAAUGGCACAGGCCACGCGUAAUCCUGGGUUGGAGCAGCGUCAGGCGGGGACAGUGCGGAAUCUCAGGCAGAGGCACGCAAUGAGAGCCAAGGGUAGGAUAGGACACUUAGGGGCCGUAGAACAACAGGCAGGUGCCAGCGGCAACACGGGGGCUCCACAACGCUACAGCGAUGUAGCGCGGCAGGCUUCGGGUGGGGCAGGACGAGAGGCUGGGAGCCUGUCGUCGCGUGACAGUGGCGUACAGCGGGUGAAGAGCCAGCUAGCGCGAACUGGAGGACAGCAAUCGCAGGCGGGAGGCGAGCGCGUAGAGCGCAAGGUCCUGGUGGUGGGGGACUCCAACGUAGCGAAGGUUGAGGAGGGCAUCUUUAUAAAAGUGAAGGCAGACAGAUGGGUGAGGGUGGAGGCCCACUCAGGGAAGUGCAUGGUUGACGCAAUGGCAAAAGCUCAGAAGGUGGUAUGAGACAACAUGGAGCACGAAAA